UGCCACAAAUCAUUUCAAAUUCGUAACCAUUUCAAUUCAUUUCAGACGAGCGUGAAACAUUUUGUAAAUUUUCGGUAAAAUGGAAUCGACCGGGAACCGGGAACAGCCCACGGACGACGCCUCCUUGGGCAUCGGGGAGGCUGAACCCCUCAGCGAGGUGCUCUCCUCUGACAGUCUGAUGACCCUGAAGGACGGUCUGACCCGCGAACAGAUGGAUGUUGAUGUUGAGCUCACCCCGGAUGACAUUCAUCUGGGCUGUAUGGUGGAGAAGGGUUUGAUCGAGUACGAGUCACUGGACAAGCCAACGGACGAGGAUGAGGCCGACUGCGGUGACUAUCGGCGGCGCUUGACCGCAGACUCUGCCGUUUCCGGCCACAUUGAGGAGUUGGUCAAAGAAAUGCGCAAUGAGUUCAUGAAGAAGGCUCUCUCCAAGGCCAAGAAUCUCAAGUCGACACUGAUAAAGAGGGGCAUCAUGUGUGGCGGCCACAAGAGCGAGCAGCAGCUCCAGCCUGAGUUGUCCAGUGGGAAACAGGAAGACACUGAAACGGAGGAAACUCAAGAGGAGUUUCGCCCUGAGGAGAUCAGCAAGGAGGAUGAAAUCAAUCAGCUUGUCGUUCAGAUCAACGAGUUCACAACUAAUAUGGAGGAGGGUGGCCCAGACAGCGCCGAUUGGGAGCAGUUUCGUGGCAGCCUGUCGAAGGUUUGCCAGAUUUAUCAGACACCAAACGAAAUGGAGGAUCCGGAGCCACAGCUCGAGGACACAAUAACUGAAGCUGAAGCUGAAACUGAAACAGAAACAGUCGUAGAGGAGCCGCUGCAGUACCUGAAGAGUCGCGCCAAAGAGCUCAGCCAGAAAAUCAGUGGCAUGGAGUGCAAAAUGGUCUCAUUGGACCAGAACAUUGAUGUGUUCUGCGACAAAUUGGACAGCAGCAAGAUCGGCAAAGAGCGGGCCGAGCGGGACAUGGCCAUUCUGCAGUGUAUGCACGAGAGGAUUGGACGCCGGCUGGCCCAAAUGGAAGUGGACUUGCGGCAGUCCCGCGAAUGUCUGCUCAACAAAACCAAAACAGUCCUGGACGAGAUGAAGAGGAAGUGCUCUGCGUGCGGAGACGGAGAUGGAGACGGAGACGGAAAUCAGGCGACUAAUGAAUCCCUGGAGCUCCAGCUCCUUUCUCCUUUCCCUCAAUCAACCUGAUUAGGGAGCGUUGUGUUGUUGCGUUGUGUUGUUGUGUUGUUGGUUUUGUGGCAACAUUGAUUACACAUUACAAGAAAAGACGAGGCAUUUUUCU